GCCGUGUUUCGCUUCGCCCGACGGCUUUUCCCCGACGGCCGAGGGCGGGCUCGUUAUAAGGUGCCGAGCCGACGACGAGCCGCAGUGGUUAAGCUGGCACCCCGCGGGACUGACGCGCACCUCGACCUCGCGCAAGUCAUUAGCUAAUCAUCUUCCAUUCGGCGUUCUCUGAUUCCAUUCACAUUUCACGACGCUUCGAGACGAUGACGUUAGUAAUUCAGACGAUUGUGAUGCUCGUGUUAUCUGGCGGGAUGGCUCGAGGCGACGUCCAGACCGAUGUGGAGAAUCUGAGGUCAGCUGUGGUGGUUAAUCAGCUGAUCAUGCAACAACAGUCACAGGUCAUUCAGACGCUUCUCAAUAAAUUUCUGGAUCAAGAGUCGGACUGCCCCUACCCCUACAAGAUGGUCAUGGGCGAGUGCUUCUACGUGAGCGAGGUGGAGCGCGUGUGGGAGGAGGCCAGGACAUUCUGCCAGGGGAUGCGGGGAGACCUCGCGUCCCCCAACUCCGUCUACGUCCUCCUGGCCUACGUUCAUGACGUGUCAGACGAGUACGCCUUCUGGCUGGGCGCGACGGACCAGCAGACGGAGGGCGUGUGGCAGUGGCUGGACGGGCGCCCCAUCACCGACUGGGGUCGCGGGCAGCCCGACAACGCGAACGGCGAGGAGCACUGCAUCCACCUGGGCAACAAGUACGUCCUGAACGACAACGAAUGCACCAAGUUACGUCGCUUUGUGUGCGAGUACGUCGGGUAAACGCAUGGCGAGGUCUGAGCAGCGGCGCGGCCUGAGUCGUGUGAAUAAGGGGUUAAGAAGAUUUUUCUUUGAAUAUUAAUACUCCGCCAAAAGCAGCUUGCCGGAAGAAGAUCAACUCGCGGGGCACCACAAGGCCCUUCCCCGAGUGGGUCUGUAUUGUAAAGGCGAAUAUUUGUAUAAUCUAAGAGAUUUCUUGUGAAUGCCUCCUCUUGAUUUUUUCCUCUCUCUUGGAGGGGUUACAGGAAAUAUAUUUUGAGAAAGGGGAGGGACGGGCGGCUUGAUUCCCCUUCCCAGGUGGGAGAGCGCAGAUUCGGGGAAGUUGAGAUAUUCUGUUGGUCUAGUAACACUUUAAACAACCGAAUAGAGCAGACACAAAAAGGAAUUCUGACUGUGGCUGUUUCAUUUCGUACUUGUUUCAGAAAUACUUUAUAUUAAGGAUAUCUCUUUUGGACUAAGCAAGGCCCAGGAAAGUAAUCUAUAAAAUGAAAUAAAAUAUUACUUAUUUGCUACUUAAUUGUAACAUUUUAUAUGAUUUUGAUUCAUGGCUGUGUUGUGUUGUAUGUUUAUAUCAGACUUUACCUGUGUGUUAAUUACAUUAUAUAUAUAUAUAUAUAUAUAUACAUAACCUGUAUUUUUAAUAAAUAAUGUAGUGUUUUCUACCACAUGAUGCAUUUUGUGGAGGAAUUGUUACACUUGUAAUAUAAGAUUUAUGUUAAAAAGUAUCAUAUAAUAUUAAUAAUUGUGUCUACACAUUAGUGACUACAUAAGCCCCUUUUUCAUAUAUAUAUACGAGUGAUUCUUCUCCGAGUUAUCACACGAUUGACAAUAAAUAACCCAAUACGAUGUAUAAGUUAAAA